CCCAAUUCUAAUACAAGCAAUUUCAUAAACUCCGCCUGUGUGUAACUCCUGUGGUGUAACAUUAACGCUAAACACACAAACACACAAACCAUUCCCGUCAUUCCUGGAAACUAGAUUAACCUGUAACACUUUUAAAACUUCUACGGAAGGCUUUGGUAUCAGAUUGAGCUUUCGUUUCUUAAACUGACAGUUUAGCAUAACAAAAGUAUGCAAAACAUCAGGUAUUAAUAGACGCAAUAAAGUCGUUUUUAUUAUUUGUUCAGGAAACCACGUACUUGUCUUCGGCUGAUGUAAUUUGGUAAAUUGCAGAACUUGGUUUUUCGUUUGGAUCUCUCUAAAAGGCUUACACAAUGAAAUCAGAAGCUGAUACAAUAAAAAACUUGGACCUAAGCUUCCUGUCGGUGGAAGAGGAAAAUUCUGUCUUGGAAGUUUUAAACAGAGAUGCACGACUCAGAAACCUGGAAAACGGGCGCAUAAGGCAGUUGAAGCUGUUGAACUUUGAUCCGGGAAAACUGAAGAUCAUGACUGGGGAAUGGUUUGACGAGAUGAAAUGUCGGCGCUACGGCGAGAACUACAGUGCGAUUGACGUUGUCAGAUCUUCAUUUAGGAUUAAAAGAAAUCCUGCCACCCAAGGCAGUUUUGUCACCAAUCUUGAAGAGAGGAGGAGGGUCCAGAUUAUUGGAGAGCCUGAAAGAACCCCACUUUUGCAGACAACAAACCCACUUCCUGAGAAUUAUUCUUCAGUGGCCCAGAGACAUUCCUCACCUCUGCUGACACAGACAAAGAAUGAAAAUGUGUUUGAGCUGGCUAUGGAUCUGGCUAAUGCUGAAAGUGCCAAAAAAUCCAUCACCAGAGGCAGCCAGCAGUCCCAUACUGAAGAAUUGCCAACUGACCCAUUGACCCCACCCCAUGGUGCUUCUGUUCCACUUAAACUGACCCCAGAUGACCUAUCUGAAAAAGGAAAUGCUGCAUCUGUUUACUACCAUUUGCUAUGUACAUCUGAUAGAGACUGGAUGACCAGUGAGUCUUCAGACCAACUCCCCCUGGUGUCUCCAAGAAAACAGGCUGCCGUAUAUAGAUUUAGUCCAGUGGAUAAAAACAUCCAGUCUCUGGGGCCAAGUGCAGUUUUAGAUGAGGUUGACACUCCUUUAGUAACCGAGAUGGCGCCUAACAAGACUUUAGGACCAAGUGAUGAGACGGAAACACUGGAGAUCUCACGUGACUCGGACAGCACCCUAGAACCUCCUACGGUGUUGUUUUUAAGCCCUGCAUUGCAGGAACAGAUCCUAGCAAGUAGACCCACGAGUUUCAGUUCCUCAAGAGAUAUUGAUACGUUGUCUCCCUCAAUGCCAAUGACGAUGGAUUCAGAGACCCAGACCCCAUUAGACAGAGCAAAGCAAGACUUCAUUUUUCCUACAAGUGGGCCAAGUGAUCAGGCAGAAGCACUUCAGAUUUUACAGGAUUAUGAUAAUACCCAAAAGACCCUAGGUGCUAGUUUUCCAAAACAGGAAAUUGUAGCAAGGAGUCCCUCUUCCAGGUCAUCAAAUGAUGCUAAGACACUAUCCUCUCAGUCACCAUCUCUUCCUGAGACUAAUGAUUUAGAGUCUUUAAUCAGGAUAGAUAUGGCGAAGGAAGAUGUUUUCCCAUCAAGAGGGACUGAUGAUCAUGCAGAAGCACGGGAGCUUUUACAGGAUUCUGACCGCAUACAACAAUUCCUUCCACUUUUGUCUCUUAGUCCCAGGUUUCAAAAACAAGAUAUGCAAACAAAGACACCCUCAUCCAGGUCCCCAGGGGAAACUCUUUUCCCAUUCCUGGAGAUGAUGGAAGAUUCAGCGACACUAAACCCAAGAGAACAUAGCCUGGGAGAUGCAUUAUCCACAGAAUAUUUUGGAAUCUCUACAGAAGACCCUUAUAACAUUCAUGGACAUAAAUGCCUAGUGAAGGAGGAGCAGGAGUUGCUGUUAAGAAAGGAACAUUUGUUUGGUUACAGUCCCAAUUCUAGCCUACUAAACUGUCUCAAUGAGGGGUCUCCAAGAAAAGCAGCGCAGUCACUGGUGUUUUCAUUUGAUACCAUGGCUCCAGCAUCUUUUGAAAAGUCCAUGGAACAACAUGGUAUUGAGACCAAUCAAAGCCCAAGGCAAGCUCCUGGAUUGAGAGAUGCCUUAGCUACAGAAUCUUUAGGAUUCUCUACAGAAGAGCAAUGUUACGUGGAUGCAGGUGACAGGCUAGAGGAGGAGGAAGAGAAUUUGCUGCCAACAAAGGAACAUGUGUCAAAUUAUACUCCCAGUUCUCGGAGUGAAGACAACCUACUAAACAGCAUUACUGAGCAGUCUCCAAGAAAAGGAGCCAUUUCUUCCUCACUGGUUUCCCCUAAACUAGACCAGCUUCCGUCUGAGCUGGCUGAUGAGGAUGCAGAAGCCGACACAUUCUGUUUACUUACACCUGACCUUCAGUGUAAAACCUUGGAGCCCCACAUACCUGGGAAUUCAUCUCUAUCUGAUGGCAAAAAUAUUGAAGAUUCAUCCCACAUUUUGUUGGAAGACAUGAAUAGUUUUUAUCCAAAUUCAGACAUGCAAGUAGAGGAAAGAACACUUUCUGAACAACCUUCAGAAGUUCAAGAAUCUCAGAGCCACCCUGCUGUGAUAGAUGUUUCCUCUGAAGGUUGUGUUGCUUUACAAAUCCCAUGCUCUGCUUCAAUUCCAGCAAUUCUGGAGCUUCAGGAUAAUUACCUGGAAGGUGAUGAUGAUCUUAGUUCUGUAUCCAGCUUUGGUUCUGAUAUUUCAGCUCGGAAUCGAAGCCGCUCCUUAAACUUGCUGUCUGCGUCUGGGCUUAGUGGUAGUUGGAUGAGUCUGUACAGUGAUGCUGGGGAUUUUGGCAACCUCUGUGUCCAGGGAGCAGUGGAGUUCAGCCUGGUGUACAGCGAUGUGAAGAGAGAACUGGUUAUCCUUGUGGAGCAGUGUCAGGACCUGGCGAUUGCUAAUGUGAAGAAACAGCGAACAGACCCGUAUGUGAAGACCUAUUUAUACCCUGAAAAAUCCCGUCUUAGCAAGCGGAAGACUUCAGUAAAGAAAAACACUGUGAACCCUGUCUAUAAGGAACCGCUAACGUACAAAAUGACAAAAGUGGAACUUCAGACCAGGACUCUGCAUCUUUCGGUGUGGCACAAUGACUCUCUGGGUCGAAAUGCCUUCCUUGGAGAAGUUCAAAUAGACCUGCGGACCUGGGACUGGAGAUUUAGUGAUCUAAGCUGGUACAACUUGCAGCCCAAGAAUCCUGAUGCUCCAGAAACCUCCAGCAACAAAGGACAAUUAACUGUAGCACUGAAGUAUGUGCCAACUGGAUCAAUAGAUGGCGCCAAGCCAGCCACUGGGGAACUCCAUGUUUGGCUGAAAGAAGCAAGGAACCUGAAAGGCCUAAGGCCCAGUGGUGUUAACUCAUUUGUAAAGUGUUACAUUUUACCAGACACAAGUAAGAAGGGCAGGCAGAAGACCAGGGUGGUCAAGAAAAGCCUGAACCCUAUUUACAACCACACUAUGGUGUAUGAUGGGUUUAGGCACGAGGAAAUUAAAGAGGCCUGUUGUGAGCUGACAAUCUGGGACCAUGACACCUUUUCAAAUCAAUACCUUGGAGGGGUUCGGCUCAGCCUGGGGACAGGUAAGAGCUAUGGGAGAAAUAUGGACUGGAUGGAUUCUGUAGAUGAAGAAAUUGAAGUUUGGAGGAGCAUGAUUUCAAAACCCAAUGGCUGGGUUGAAGCAGUGCUGCCCCUGCGACCCUCUAUGGCCAAGAAAAAGUAGUACUUGCUGCUGAAUUAUAACCGUAAAUUUGUUUGCUCUGUGUUCUUUCCACAUUUUGAAAUAUCUGGUUCACAGGGACUGGGUUGAGGGUAAGUUACAUAUUGAAAUGUAUUAAAUUAAAAAUUGAAUUGUUAUAAAUGUAUACUUGAUAAUGAUAUAUAUUUUAAACUAAUCCUAUAAUUUGUAAAUGCACAUGCUGUAAUAAAG